AUGUCACUUCCGCAAGAGACGCACAAUGAAGGACAAGUUUGGCAUCGAGAACUUCCCUGGUCGGUACGGUUACAUCCAACAAAGCCUCUAACCUGGUCUAGGCCCCAGAGGUGGGUUAUCGCUAUAAUUGUUUCUUGCUUCACACUCCUCCCAUCAGUCUCGUCAACUAUGGUUGCACCAGCCCUCGCGAACAUGGCAGCGGAUCUUAACAUCAUCGAUGCCGCAGUCUCGCAGCUCACAUUCACAAUUUUUAUGCUCGCGUACGCCAUCGGCCCAUUACUCCUCGGUCCCUUAUCUGAAGCCAUUGGACGGUCGCCGGUUCUGCUAGCGUCGAACGUAUUCUAUCUGGCCUGGACUCUAGGUUGUGGACCGGCAAGAAACAAGUCAGAAUUGAUUACUUCUAGAUUCCUGGCAGGAAUCGGUGGCAGUGCACCGUUGGCUGUGGGUGCUGGUGUGAUCAUCGAUCUCUGGGUUCCAGAAGAACGCGGACAGACGGUCGGGCCCCUUGCCGGUGGUUGGGUCACUGAGCGUACAACAUGGCGAUGGAUGUUUUAUUCCACGAACAUGGCGGCGGGGGUUAUCGGAAUCGUCGGCUUUGUCUCCAUACGCGAGACAUAUACACUAGUCCUGCUCAAACAGAGACAGCACCACGAAUCCCACGAAGCAACCACAGGCAGUACUACUAGCGAGUCUCUGGCGACGCGGUUACGAUUGGCAUCUGUUCGCCCCUUACAAUUCUUUGUCACAGAACCUAUCAUUUUGGUCGUCGCCAUUUACAUGGCUGUUGUCUUUGAAUAUGGCGAGAACAUUGGCAUCAGUGGCCUAGACUACAUCUCUCUUGGUCUUGGCUAUGUACUCGGCUCCCAAAUCAACGCGCACAGCAGCGACGCCAUAUACCGACGCCUUCAGGCACGCAGAAGUACAAAUGACCUGCAGAGAAGCUCAAAAGGGGAACCUGAGUUCCAGGUUCCCCCUAUGUUCGUCGGUUCUGCCUUGAUUCCUAUUGGUAUGUUUUGGUACGGGUGGAGCUCUAUGCAGGUGUAUGUCAUUGAUAGUUACGCAGAGUAUGCGGCGAGUGGUCUUGCAGCAGCUGUAUUGCUGAGAAAUAUUGCCGCAUUUGGGAUCCCUCUAUUUGCACCAUAUAUGUUUGCUUCGUUGCACUAUGGAUGGGGAAACAGUGUGUUAGCAUUUCCCAGUGUUGUAAUUGGGAUCCCAUCGCCGUUCUUAUUUUGGAUAUAUCGUAAGAGGAUAUGA